AUGGCACUAAAUUCUUCUCUCUUAAAACAGAGCAAACUUCUGGAAAAGCUGAGCAUUUGUCAGAGAUACAAAAUCUGGAGAAUCGUCUUAAAAGGAAUGCCACCAAGGAGGACAUCAAAGCUGAUGGUUAAAGAUCUGCUUUUUGAUGACGUGCCGGUGAGGGUGUACUGGCCCAAGACAAAGUCUGAUGGGAGCAGAAGAGGACUGGUGUACUUUUAUGGAGGAGCUUACAUGCUCGGGAGCAUUCAAGCCUAUGAAAGGACCUGUCGCUACCUUGCUCGUAAAAGUGACACCGUGAUUGUCUGUGUCAGAUACAGGCAAGCUCCUGAGCAUCCCUUCCCAGCCCAGUACCAAGACUGCAUCGCAGCGACUGCGCACUUUCUGAAGAACGCCAAGGAAUACGGAGUGGACCCCAACCGUGUUUCCGUUGCUGGGGACAGCAGUGGUGGCGCAAUUACUUCAGCCGUUUGUCAGAUUCUGGUGACUAGAAAGGAUCUCCCUCGGCUUCGGUCCCAGCUCCUGUUUUACCCAUUUCUCCAAGGAGUGGACUUAUGCUUGCCUUCCUAUCAGCAAAACCGUUCCGUCCCUGUUAUGUCCAAGAAGAACGCUGUCGAACUCGGCUUGAGGUAUCUUAAUGAAAAAAUUAAAGAUGUAAGCGGCGUUAUGAGGAACGCACAUGUUCCUGAGGAACUAAGGGUACGCUACAAAAAAUGGAUCAGCGCCGAAAACAUUCCAGAAGAGUUUAAAGUUAGGGACUACGUGGCUGUGGCCCCUGCUCCAUUUUCGGAAAAACUGUACACAAUGUGCAAAUUAGUUUUUGACCCAAUGAUUUCCCCGCUUUUAGGAGAAGAUGAUGUCAUCCGCCAGCUUCCUGAGGCAUUCAUAUUUACCUGUGAGUAUGAUGUUCUCAGGGAUGAUGGAUUGCUGUACAAGAAACGGCUGGAGGAUAACGGCGUACCUGUGACAUGGGUUCACGAUGAGACCGGGUUCCAUGGAAUACUCUUUCCUAUAGAUAGGUAUAUGUUUGAAUUUCAAAAAACGCGGAGCGACUUUCAACACGCCAUACGUUUCUUGGAACGUCUCUGA